GAGAUGCAUCUUUAAUUGGGAUUACAAACUUUUUCCGUGUAGGCUCAUAGCAAAUGAAUUUCAUCUCUCUUUUCUACUACAUCGGCGGGCGUACUUGCCUGUCUGUGCCUGUUGCUGGCCGCCUCUCUCUCUCUCUCUCUCUCUCUCUCUCUCUCUCUCCUCUCUCUCUCUCCUCCUCUCUCUCUCCUCUCUCUCUCUCUCUCUGUAACAGACUCCAUAGUCUCUCUCUCGCAUCAUCUGUCUGUCUGCAAGAAAGAAAAGAAACCCCAAACGCCUUGCUCGAACGAUGAAUCCGUUCUUUCUCCAUUUCUCCUGAACCUGUCCUUCUUCUGUCUCGAGAGAGAUCUUCUUGGGCAUGGAGGCUGAGUCGUCGUGCUGUGCCCCCAAGAAGAGCGAGAAGUACCAGUUGCUGGAGGUGAACCUCAUAUCAGCCCAGGACCUCAAGCCUAUCAUCCACUCAAACAAGACCAUCCACACCUACGCUGUAGCAUGGGUCGAUCCACGCAAGAAGCUUCGCACCAGGGUCGACACGCUUGGCCGAGAAAAUCCAACCUGGAACGACAAAUUUAUAUUUACAGUCGACCAAUCCUUCCUCUCCGGUGAGAGCUCUGCCAUUAGCAUAGAGAUCUUCUACGUCCGCUACCUCCGAGACGUGCUGGCAGGCACUGUGCGCGCCCUGGUGGCCGAUCUUAUGAAGGGAGGAGGACUGAGCUUCGCGGCCUUGCAGGUGAGGAGGCCAUCAGGCCGGUUUCAUGGGGUCUUGAAUCUUGGGUUGAUUGUUCUUGAUGCUAACAAUGCCAUUGGAGCUUUGCCGACCUCCCCCUCUUCCUCUUUCCAUGGUUUUGCCCUGAACUAUCGAGAGUUGAUGGGUAUCAAGACGCGUUCCAUAUCUGGUGGUGGAGAUGGAAGGGGCAAGUCUCAUCACAGGAGGAGGGAUGAAGGUGAUAAGGCAUACAAUGAGAGAGAGUCGAAAGAGAACGAUGAUGGGGGCGGCAGUAGAGGAAGGAUGGUUUGUGACGCUAGAAAGAAGGAAAUGAGGGUUCUGAAAAGCAUUGACAUUAAUGGGGUUGGAUGGGGGGGAAAUUAUGGGGUGAAGUCGAAGUUUGGAGAGAAGAAGUUGGGUCGAUUUAUUGGCUCAGGGAACUUGCCGGGUAAGAAGUGUAGUAAAGGAAAUGGCGUUGAGAAGGAGCAAUUGAAGAAUGAUGGUUUUGAAGAGGAAAGUGUUCUGAAUUUGGGGGGUGCUGCUGAGACUCAGAAUUUUCAGAGUAAAUUCCACAUAGAAGAUGAGGAGAGUUAUGGGUUCGAAACCGAUGAUGGUCCACUGGGCUCGAAAGGAGGGAAGAUUGAAACAGGGGAAUUAGUGAGGGUGGUGAGGAAGAAAGGGAAUGGAGAAAAAAUUUCAGAUGAAGAGGAGGAAAGCUUUGAAUACUGUAUGAAUGUGAAUGCAGCAGCAACUGCUUUGUGGGGCUUCAUGAUGCAUCAUCAGAGGAAGGGUAUGGGAGCUGCAAAGAUCCAUUUGAGUCCCUCUGAUGAGAAUUUCCAGGCUUCUCGACUUGGUAAUGCUUCGUGAAUGGAUGUCCUUUUUGCUCUUUGUUGCCUUUUUGCUUUCUGCUUGUAUCUGUGUUUUGUUUGUCUGCCGUGUUUUACUUUAGUUUCCUUCCUCUGUCCAUUUCAGAGAGAGAGAGAGAGAGGGUCGGACCAGUGUAUAUUUAUGUAAAUCUGAAAGCCAUAUUCUUCUUGCUA